ACUUCUUUAACACGUGCAAGCGGUUUUGGUUUGUUCGAGUUUUUUUUUGAGCUGCGACGGUUUGCCUACAAGAAAAGAUGCAAGGCGGCAGAGAAAGACGUCCCAGCGGCAAUUGGCAAAAUAACUCCGGCGCCAAUGACUAUCAUUUUGGGAAUAACAACAGCAAUCAAGCGAAUGGAAACUGGGCCGGCAAACGACACAAUCCGAGUGAUAAUUUUAAUCGUAAUGCAGGACGUGGAGGAUGCGGAGGAGGAGUCGGCGGCGGCGAUGAGAGUUUUGAGAAAUUCCGAGAUCCAAAUCAGCUGCAAUCGUAUCCGAAUCGACAGCAAUUAAGUCAACGCCGAUUUCAAGAUAAUAAUCAUCGGGAUAAUCGAAAACAUGAACAAAGAGGAAAUAAAGGACGCAGAAAUGAUAAAUUUGGUAGAAAUGGCAAAGGCAGUAGCAAUGAUAAAGGUGGUCGACGAGGCGUCGGUCGCGGUGGUCGCAACAAUGGAGCAGGUGCAGCUGGACCCUGGUACAAUGAUGGCGCAAUGCCAAAUGAUUUGUUCUACUUCGACAACGGGCAACUGGGCAAAGAGCAGAGCGCAACAGGUUCUGUAGAACAAACAAUUGCUCCACCAGUCGCUGGAGAGCCACCCACUGAAGCCGCGCCUGCAAUUGUAAUGCCUGUCGUCGAGGCGACGGCGGUAGUUGAGAAACCAGCUGCUGCUGCUACUCAGCCUCCUACCUUCAUCAAUGCAGCCAACAUAAAGAAGGAAAAGAAAGAUCCGUCGCCCAAAACAAAACCGGCAAAGCCAGCAGAGAGUAGCGCGGACAGCUCCUCGAGCAGCUCUGAUGAGAGUGUCGAAGCUGGCGAGGUGGUUAGAAAAAGAGAAGCUGCCAUUGUGCACAAGGCAAAGGUUAAGAGUGAGAUCGCAGCUAAGCCACCUGCCCCCUCAUCCUCCUCCUCCGAAGAGGAAUCCGACGAUGAUACACCCUCGCCAGUUAAGGUCCAAACGGUGGCCAAGGAAUCAACUCCCAAGUCUGCGAAAACGCUGAAGAAACACGCCUCCGAAGAGGACGUCGUUUGCCUGGGCAAAGAGAGACGGAAAUUCACUAUACCCGACGAGGAUGAGCGAGAUGUAGACGAUGAGGAGGACCCAAGCAGCGGGGUCGAAGAGCAAAAGUCCGUCAAAAGCAAGGAGAAGGCGAACCAUCCAUGUGGCAUAUGCGAUAAAAAGGGACACACUUCCUUCGAGUGCCAGAUGAUCUGCCGGAACUGUUCGGCAUCCUAUCAUAGUCUCAAGAACUGCCCGAAUCCUCCCAAUUUAAGCAUAGCUUUGCAGGCAUUCAUGGAGUUUACCAUGCAACAAUUGACCGUCUUCAAUGUGGAUAAGCGUUUUGCAUUUCCCGCCGGAGUGGUCAGCACAACGCCAGCGAUUUCUCAACCAACUCCUCCUGCCGUCAAGUCCAAAAAAGAUAAACAACGUACGUUGAUUAAGAAAUCGAAGAAAACUCCCAAAAAGAAACUUAAAAUUGAAAAGCACGAUAGCGAUGAUGAUGAUGAGGAGGAUGAUGACGAUGAUGAUGAUGAGGCUGAUGCAGAUGCAAUUAGCGAGAGUGACAGCGAGAGUGAAUCAAGCAGUGAUCCCAAGCCAGCGUUGAGCAAAACGAAAAGGAAGCGUUCUUCCACCAAGCAGGCGCCAAAUAUGCCACCGGCAGCUGCAUUUCCAUUUCCACUGCUAGCAGCCGGCUCCCAUUACAAUCCAAUGAUGUAUCCCUAUGCAGCACCAUUCAAUUUUCCCAAAUAAGUUUCUAGUCUGCAUACAAGUUUGGAGUUGUAUAUAGACCGCAUUCAGAAAUAGUGUUGUAGGUAUUAAGUUUUAAGAUUAUUGUACGAAAGCUAAGACGAUGAAAAUUUUGUGAAGAUCACGAUGGACUUUU